GGCGCGAGACUGGCGGCGCUUUUAAAAAGGGGGGCGCGAAACCGCUCGAGCUGGCCCGCCCGACCCGAGCCGCAUCGAGCUCAGCGACGACAUGGUCCGCACCAAGGCUGACGGCCCCUCGGUCUCCACCGGCUCCUUCCGCAAGGCUAUUGCUGCCAGAGCACCAAGGAAGGCACUCGGAUCUACCAGUACAGCAAACAUCUCUCUGACAUCUCCUGGGAAAAAGGAAAAUAAGUAUGCUGGUGGAAAUCCAGUGUGUCCAAGACCAACCCCAAAAUGGCAAAAAGGGAUUGGAGAAUUUUUUGGUGGUCCAAAAAAAGAUGUAGAGAAAGAAAAUGCAGUUCCCUCAGAUGAUGAGCCAACCAGCAGCAAGACUGAAAAAAAGAAUACUCCAAGGAGGGCACGUCCUUUGUCUGCAGAAUCUUCAGAUGAAGCUGCAUCAGGAGAUGAAAACUAAGCUCCAUGUUCCUUUGACCACGUUUCUUGAAGAGAUGCUGACGUGUAUAUGUGUAUAUAUGUCAAUUACUUUGCAGUAUGGACUUGUUAGUUUUGUACAGAAAUUCAAUAAAAUACAUUUAAAUUCA